GAAUUGAUGCCAUCACAAGUUAUCGAGUCGCGCGGGAGACUCAUUACCCUUCCCGUCAGACCAAAUGCCAAAGGACCUCGAGGUCUGUAUCCUUUGGCUGACCCAGAAGAACAGGCCAUAGAAGACAAAUAUAACUCAAUCACCAAACCACUCACUCUCCUGUCAGACUUCGGAGACCAGAAACCAGAAAUAGUUGUCACCAGUAAAGAUGGUCGACCAACUACGCCUGUGCAAAAGGCAGUCACAUUUAUACCCACAAAGUUAGACGACCUUAAUAAUGUAAUUCGGAAACGAAUUUGCCCAAAUGAAAUUUUGCCUUUGUCGGUUGCGGACCAGCAAUGUCUAGCUGCCAUUAUAUUGGGCGAGAUUUCCAACCAAUGGGAAGACUUGAAAAAGAUGCCAGAAAAUCCAUUGCUUAACAAAUCUGAAAAUGUCGAACUUGUAAGGAGGUGUUUCGUUCACGUGGUGUCAGUUUGUGAAGAAUUGUUUUUCCACUACAAUGCGAAGUUAGAGUUGCUUAAUAAAUCAGGAGUCUUUACGGGACCAGCAAACAUUGCAAGACUCAGAGGUCAGCUAGCUUUAGAUGCGGAUAAGUUUCUCAAUGUGGGUUAUAUACGCAGGCGAAUUGCUCGCGAAAUUCUGGGAAAUGUCACUGGAUCUGAUGUUCAGGUCGCGGGACAAGGACCUAAGCUUCACCUUACACAAGACGAACUAUUCGACAAGAGUCGUCCUCAUAAAAUAAAAACAAUCAUAACAGUCGCACAGCGGGAGAUCAAAGACAUGAUGAAGAAAAUGCCAGCUGAUCUGGACAUGGAAGCGGUCACUGAUCUCAUUCCGAAGAAAGCGAUGGAAAUGGGGGUGCAUCAUGGCGGUCACGUGAUUCCUGCAGGGGGUGCUAUGAGUGAGAGGGACAAGCAGCUACAAAAAGAGAGGGGGAAGUUGAGAGGAGAUGGGAUGAAUGGGGCGAAUAAUGGGGUGAAGCUGACCAGAAGCAGAUCACACGAAACAAUAAGAUGGGACGCGGACAAGUUUGAGGACGAGAUAGGAGAGUUCCGGCCGAAGCCAUUGCUGAUAGAUGUGCACGAGGAUGCCAUGUACGAUCUAAGGAGGGAGGCACUGCCCAAAGACAGAAUAUACACUCCUCCAAAAUCUCCCAGCCGUAAGUUGAAGUCGACUCCUGAGGUAACUGAGAUAGACCAAGAGUUCAUCAGGAAGGACUUGGAGGAGAGGAGCAAGUAUGUGCCUCUGAAGGAUCUGAAUGAAAACUUGCCUGAAGAGGAAGAGUUGCCGCCUCUGCUGCAGGCCUCCUCAAAGUACAACCACGUGGAAGGUAGAUUAGAGGCUCUGCAGAAGAAGUUGGCUGACUUGGAGCAGGCUGAGCGUGAUGAGUUGGAGAGACAGAGGAAAGAACUGUAUGAGAGUGCCUCCUCAAGUGAGCCUCGACAUCCACAGCCGGCUGUUAUUUCCACCAAAUUGCCCAACUUCAUGGUGGUGCGUACUAAUGACGUGCGAGUAUCUGACAGAGUUAGUCUGAACUCUUUGACUCUGAAGAGCUACCCACCCAUCUUCGACCACCUCAAUAAUGAAGUGGACCACGCUACUGUUCGCAAACUGGACGCCCCACUGUUCUACGACGCCGAGAUCAACGAGCUGUAUGAUGAGUUGCUGAGUUCUGCACCUGGAGAUCAUCUGAACAUGGAGUUGGACCCGGAGGUAGAAACGGCAGGAUCAGGAAUGAAACUUUCAGACUGCUCCUCCUCCCGAUCUCUUUUUAAGAACCCAUCGGAGAGAGUCGUCAACAAGGACCUCCAGGUGAUAUCAGAGGAUAUGGAACCUCCUUGGGCUGGAGUGGGAGACAUGGAAGAUUGGAUGAAGAUAGCUGAUGGGUCUUUGAAGGGUUCACAUGAUAUUCUGAUGAAGACGUUGAGAAAUAAAGAUGCAGGCGGCGUCGAGUUAAGUGGCGAGUCCUCCAAAGACCCUACGGCCCGCAACGCGUUAGGCGACUGGGUCGUGUGGUGGAAGAGUCAAGUUGAUCACCAGGACUACCUUCGGUUCCUGGCGGCCUCCGAGUCGGACUACAUGGCCCUGCUGUUCCACCUGUACAGGGACGAGGACGAGUUGGCAGCGAGUAUGAAGGGCGACUCUGAUUCGGAGGACGAGUAUUUGAAGAACCCGAAUGACAGUGUGCUGCAGAUGUUACCGCCCAAGUCAAGAGAGAAAAAUGCAAAGCUGAUAGAAGCAGUGCGCGAAAAGGAAAGAUACUCCGAGGGAUUCUGGAAUGCCCGCUCAGUCAGCAUAGGAGGACUAGGAAAACUGCCCAGUCAGAAGGAGGUGGAAGAAUCCGUAAGUGGGCAGCAGAUGUUAAGUGAAGAGGGUACUAAAGACUCAAAGGCGAGUGGGGGAAGUGAAUGGGGGCACAAAUCGGAAUUGAGUGAUCAGAAACCAGUGGUGCAUAAACUUACACUGGCUCUACUGGAAGGAAAAGACAGAACGGAUAUGUUGAAAGAGCAAAGGAACGAACGUCAAAAACGAAAAGCUGCUGGAGCAUCUUUGCAAGAGCGACUGGAAAAGGUGUGGAAUGACCUGAGAGUACCGGACCAAAUGCGACUGGACAUGGCACUGAAGUACAGUGGAGAGCCAUGGGUGUCCCAGAUCUCCAGCGCCAUAGCCGGAUGGGAAAAAUGUGCGGCUUUAAUUCUAAUCAGAGAACAAAUUCUAACCAAAUUAGAACUGUUCGAAACACACGCUUCAAAUCCGGAUAGGUUCUUCAGAAAAGGUUACGACGGAUCAUCCAAAAUGAGAAUAAAAGAAAGCAAAUUGAGACAAGAAUUUGAUGCAUCCCUGAAGAAAGUUGACGUUAAAAUCAAAAAACACUGCGAGUAUAUCGAAAAGACUUUCAACGAUGUGGUUUCGUAUCAAGGAAGGCCUUACGUGCAGAAAAUUAAAUUCGAUAGGACUGAAAUGUUAUACUGGUUGCAGCAGGAAAGAAGAGAAAAGGGAUUGGAGAGAGAAAUUAAUGCACAGAAAUUCCCUAUUAAUGGGCUAAAUGGAAGCGGCGAUAGACCAUUGUCCUCUAGUAGAAAGAAAAUGGCAUCGCCUAUCAUACUAGAACCACUGAACUAAUCAAAAUUAGAGUAGCUGGACAAAAUCUUAUUUCUGUAAAGUUGUAAAUAAAAUAAAGUGUAAAAAGAUGUACGUUUAUGUUUAUUAUUUUAGCGAGUUCGACUAAUUCGAAGUUUCACAAUAAA